UAAAAUUUCCAGUGGGUUUACGUGAUGACGUAGUGUGUUUAAUGCUCGCACUAAGCAGCAGAGGAUGGAGCAGAGCUAAUGAAUGGGAUGAAGGCUGAGAGACCAGACUGGAGGAGAGGAUGAACCGGCCGAUGGAGCAUCAGCAUCUGAAGCCUGGUCAUAACUGAAGGGCAAAUAGGGGGAUUUUCUUGGAUGAAAGUAAUCACACUUUUUUUUUUUAUCACUAUUUUGUCCUCAUCGACGGUACUGGAGCUGAGAUUCUGUGGAAGGGAGGUCGGACGUGAUGGUGAAGCCUCAGGAGUGCGCCAAGUGAUUUCUGGUCUUUUCCCCUCCUCAAAACAGUGGAGAUGAAGGGUUUUCUCAGAAGAAUAUAUCUGGCAUCCAGUAGUGAGAUGAGAGAGACCGCUUGCUCCAGUAAAACUCUGUAAUAUCUCAUAGAUUUGGAGGGAUUUUCAUGGCACAGCGGACAGCGAGGAAGAGCCAGCGACUGAAACUGGGAUUUAUGGACAGCGGGUUUACUGGGAUGAGGGCUCAAGUAUUUUUCGGGUGAGGAUAUUUCUUGACAGCUUUUCUGAGUCCAGUCCGUGUGUAGCUGGUCACAUUUCACUGUGUUGUGAAGUGACGAGAGAGAGGACACACAACAGCAGCAGCAGCAGCCAGUGGAGAGUAACGUUAUUUACAGCAAGCUAGCAACGAUUGGUUAAAGCUAGCUCCUCAUAGACUAUGCGUCUUUAAUCUGUUAAAUUACAUUUUUUCUGCCUGUUUCGACAUUUCAGUUCGUACCAAAAAAAAAUAGAGACAACUUCUUAAUUUCGACUUUUCGUGGAAUAUAAACCACAGUCCCUCUCCUGUCAGUCUAGUCCUGAGUUUAGCUCGGUAAUCCUCAUAUGUGAAUACUUUAAUUUAGCUAACGGUAGCUACAACUAGCGCUCGUGCUGCUGUUCUCGAUCAUCAUGCAUGCAUCGACACGUUUGCUCGGAUGAAACUAACCAAGCCAGUAAAAUGUACCCAAGGGCAUAACAACGUCAAAACCAUGUCGGACUGAAAACAACACGGUGGCUCAGCAGAAGUCACAACAAUCACAGCGGCUUUAGAGGGAGAGAGGAUCAGAAGGUGCAGCUAGCCUCCAGCCAGUUCACACCGCCCUCCAGAGACCACCGACUGCAUCGAUUCUACUCAACUUUGCAACCAAAUCCAACAAAAUGGGAGAGCAGCCCAUCUUCAGUACCCGGGCCCACGUCUUUCAAAUUGACCCCAGCACCAAGAAGAACUGGGUUCCCACGAGUAAACACGCUGUCACAGUCUCCUACUUCUUUGACAGUACGAGGAAUGUAUAUCGCAUCAUCAGCCUGGAUGGAUCUAAGGCCAUUAUAAACAGCACCAUCACCCCCAACAUGACGUUCACUAAGACGUCACAGAAGUUUGGCCAGUGGGCAGACAGCCGGGCCAACACGGUGUACGGUCUGGGCUUCUCAUCUGAGAACCACCUGGUCAAGUUUGCAGAUAAGUUUUCAGAGUUUAAGGAGGCAGCACGGUUAGCCAAGGAGAAGUCUCAGGAGAAGAUGGAGCUCACCAGCACUCCCUCUCAGGAGUCAGCGACAGGUGACCUACAGUCACCUUUGACCUCAGAGAGUAUCAACGGUACAGAUGACGAGAGAGUCACACCGGACACACCUCAACCCCCAGAACCUAGAGCAGAGCCAUCCCAUAAUGCACUGCCCUUCUCCCAAAGUUCAUCCAGCAUCAAUAAGCACUGGGAGGCAGAACUGGAGGCUCUGAAGGGGAACAACGCCAAGCUGACAGCAGCGCUUCUGGAGUCCACAGCCAACGUCAAACAGUGGAAACAGCAGCUGGCGGCCUAUCAGGAAGAAGCUGAGAGGCUACACAAACGGGUGACGGAGUUGGAGUGCGUUAGUGGUCAAACAACAGUGAUCAAAUCUCAGAAGACAGAGCUCAACCAAACAAUAGAGGAACUGGAGCAGGCUCUAAAGGCCAAGGAGGAGGAGCUGGAGAAACUUAAAGCUGAGGUGGAGAGUGCCAAUGAAUUUCAGUCUCAAAAAGACACCCUCACACAGAAACUACAGGACACAGAGUCUCGGAACCAGACCCUGGAGGCCCAGCUGAGCGACCUGGAGCAGCGUCUAGAGAGCACCCAGGUGGAGAGGGAAGCCUUCCGCAAGAGCCUGCGCUCCCUGUUGGAGCUGCUGGACACCAAGAUCUUUGAGCUGACCGAGCUGCGGGACACGCUGGCCAAGCUGGUCGAGGGCAGCUAGAGUGACCACACACACACACACACACACACACACACACUUCAGUUCACACCAUGGAAACCCAUCACUGCCACCACCACCACGCCUCAGCCACACAGAGCUGAAGAUGAAAUCACCUGCAUUUACUGCAUGUUGGCACUCACACUCACUGACACGUACAACUUGAAUCCUCUUUUCUUUUUUUCUUUUUUUGAUAUAUAUACGAUACUUGUAAGAGUAUGUUUACACACAGCUUUAUGCAUUAACGGUACACAUAUUUUGCUACGUCCAUGUAUUCAUGUUCGAAUCAGCACACGUUUACAAGCGCCAAGCGACGAGGCUUUACUUGGACCAUGCCUUCCCUCUGCUUCUCAACACUCUGGAAUAUUCUGGACCGAAAAACUAAGAGUUUCACGUCUAUUGCAUUCUGCGUGAGAGGACAUCGUACUUCCUUUAAGCGAUUUGUUUUAGAAAAGCCCCCUCCGCUUCGUCGCAUGAAGCUGGUGACGUCUUUUUUUUCCCCACUUCCUCCACUUUCCACUUUUUUACAGCCACUACUGGUUGCGUUAUAAACUGCAUCACGACAGAUGUCACUGUCAGCCAAAUGAACACUUUGGAGUCAAACACUUUGAGAUUCAUUGAAUAUUAUUUGAACUCUGGAGGGUUCGAAUGUGGUGAAAAGCUAAUUUUCCUGGUGAUCGGUACCAAUGCGAUCCUCUGAGGGACUGCCAAAUACGCUGCCAGGGGGAGGAUGUCUUAUAUUCUUAUACAAAUAUAUGAGCAAUACUAAAAAAAAAAAAAAAAAAAAAAAAAAAAAUGGGAGCAUCAGAGGGAAAACACUUUCCAGUCUCACUUUCAGGUAAUUUACUCUUCUCUCGGAUAUGUUCGAGACCACAAGCUUAGUGGGAUUUUAUUCAGCUGUGGCUACAAUACUUUUUUCUUUCUAUACACUUUUUUUAAGAUUACUAUUAUGACAGAAAUCAUAGUGCACUUGUAUAAAUGGAGUUUGUGUGUGGGUGAACCAGAUUUUCUUUCUCCUCUUGUUUCUGUUGCAACUUGAAGUGCAAUGAUUGAAUCCUUUUUUUAUUUAUUACUGUAACUCGAGUUAUCACAAGAGUUGUACAAAGAUCUUUAUUUACAUCUUAAUUUUUUUUAAUUGUUUUUUUUUUUGUAAUCGUCUGGUACAUGGGUGUCGAGAUUUUUUUUUUUUCUUCUGUUGUCGUUUUGGAGAAACUGGCAAUAUUUUUGGACUAUUUAUGGAAGGAGAUAGAAAAGGUGAUCACCACAGGUUGGAUUUGCAGAGGAUCUUUUUGUUUUCUUUUGCCAAAUACCAUUUUUCGUGUACAGAUAUGAAUUUUGCUGAUGUUGCCUUUGGUACAGAGAUGCAUCAAUGGUAGCUACAACUGCGGUACUUUAGUUUUGUGGGAUUUACUAUUGCCAAAAAUUCAGCAAUGUUUAGAGGAAUACAGUACGUCUACCUGAAGAACACUAUUUAAGGGCUUGUUGGUGGUUCUGGUACAUUCGGGAGACUUGAGUGACUUUAUCAAAGCGAAAAACAAAAAAAUAUUAACAGCUUGAAAGGGAAUUACAUUUGAAUAAGAAUUUUAAAUGUUGAUUAUACCACAUGCUUAAAACACAAAUUGUAAUUUUGAGUUUAUAGUAAAACGAAACUAAAC